AUGUUACUUAAAAAUAUUGUAUAUUUUAUCUUUUUAGGUGUUACAUUUGCUUCACCUAUUUUAAGCGAUACUAAAGAUGUAACUAAUUCAACUACAGUGACUGCUUUAUAUGAUGAAGAUCAUGAUGAAUUUGAUACAACUCCACCUUCAAAAAGAUUACCUCCUAUCAAACGUUAUAUCGCUAAAAAUCUUGAUGAUGUUUCACAACGAUAUUAUCAUAUUUUAGGUGAUAAUUCACAAAAUGAAAAUUUUUAUUUUUAUCUUGAAGAUUCAGAAACUCUUUUAGUUCGAGGAUUUCCAAAGACGGCUGAAGAUAUUAAACAAAUUGAAAAAGGUAAACAAGAAAGACCAAAAUAUGAAAACUUAGAUGAUCUUGAAUUUGAUAAAAGAGGUUGGCCAUUCCCUCCAUCUAAAAAGGAAAAGGAAAAGCAAAAGGAAAAGGAAAAGAAGAAGAAGAAUAAAAACACUCAACCUGAAGCUUCUUUAGUUGAUUCAGAUUGGAUUGAAUUUAGUAUGCAUGAUAGACAAGAUUAUAAUUAUAGUGGUUUAAUUCCUGUUAGUGCAUGUCAAUCUCAAAAAUAUGGUAAAACUGGUUCAAUUUCAUUUGGAUUUGGUCAAUCAUUUUAUUUUGCUUCUAAUCAUGAUAUUAAUUUGGAAUUUAAAUUUGGUAUUAAUCCUUUAUUUAUUAAACAUUCCGCAAAGGCAUCGCUUACUGCUUCACUUAAACUUUCUUUAUCAAGAUCAAAUACUGGUACCACUACUUGUAAUUUAAAACAAGGUCAAAUGGGUCAAAUUUUAAUGAGACCAACAUAUGCAUCAGUUGAACCAAGAUCAAGAAGAGUAAGAUGGUCUCAACAAGCUACGGAAAUGAUGGCUUUGGAUGAAUUCAAACUGUUUGAUCGAAUUAUGAUUGUGGUUGAUAAUGGGGUAAGUGAAGUGUUUUGUGCUACUGAUGAUGUGGUUAAAUUAUUAUGUAAUAGUAAACUUGGAGUUCCAAAUUUUAAUGAUCCAGAAGGAGUUGGUUAUGUAGGAGAUUUAAGUUCUGCUGGUGAAGAAUCUGAAUUUGUUGUUACCAGUUUCGAUUAA